GCUUGAACUUUUCUCUGAACACACUCCGACCCCACUCCACCCCACAACGGAUGCAGUCAACACGCAAGCGUUACUAACUCGUUGGACUUAACGCGUUCGUCGGAAGACUCUCGACAAAAUUGUGAAUUCCUACCGCCACCGAAAGAAACGCAGUUUACAAAUUGGAACCAUGGCGAAAGGAUGCGUCACCGUCAUCAAGUACUUUCUGUUUCUGUUCAACCUCAUCUUCUUUGUCUUUGGGGCGUUGAUCAUGGGCUUUGGACUGUGGAUUCUCUUUGAUAACCAGAGUUUCAUUGCUGUUCUACAAGAAUCAUCCGACACGGUGAAAGUGGCUUCCUAUAUCCUCAUUGGAGUGGGUUCCUUAUCAAUGGCCAUGGGCUUCUUUGGCUGCAUUGGAGCCAUCUAUGAAAUUCGUUGUCUCCUUGGUCUGUACUUCACCUGCCUCUUGCUCAUCCUUAUUGCCCAAGUGACUGCUGGAGUUCUCAUCUACUUCCAAAGAGAUCGGCUGAAACAUGAAAUGUCCAACAUCAUAAAAGGGAUGAUCGUCCACUACACCGGCCAGAACAAAACUACAGAGCAAACUUGGGACUACAUCCAGAAGAAGAUGAACUGCUGCGGGUGGACAGGUCCCGGCAACUGGUCUGACAACAUACUCAUCAAGAACAGCUCCCAGUACCUCUAUUCGUGUUCCUGUCGCAAUGAGUCCUUGCCUGGUACUGACAUCAAGAUGGAGGGCUUGUGUGAGCACCUGUCCUCAGACCUUCCUAUCUACGAAACGGGGUGCAUGACCAGUGUGGAGAAAUGGCUACUGGAGAACUGUGGCGUUAUUCUGGGGAUUUGCAUCGGAGUGGCAGUCGUGGAGCUUCUUGGGAUGAUCCUGUCCAUGUGUCUGUGUAGGAGUGUCGUCCAGGAGGACUACACUAAAGUACCCAAGUACUGACGUGCAACUCAAGCAUACAUGCACGUGGACGUGGAUGGACUCCUUCCCUCUUUCACUUCUUGGCUCACAUUCUUAUAGUCACGCACGUCACACACACACACACACACACACACACACACACACACACGAAGGCACCUGUGCAUAUUUCUGACACACACAAACACGGCAGUGACACAUUUGUUGUCUCUAGUUUGCAAGUUUUUAUUAUUGUUGUCUUAUUGUUCUUGUUCUGCAUGUCUGUAGGUGUGAAUGCGAGUAAAUGGUUGUUGUUUUAUAUAUGUGUGCCCUGCGAUUGGCUGGCGGCCAGUUGUGGUGUACUCCAGCCUAUUGCCCGAAGAUAGAUGGGAUGGGCUCCAACAUGGUUGCGACCUUAGUGAGGAUAAGCGGUACCGAAAAUGGAUUGAUGGGUGGAUGUUUGAAGGACAUUUUCUGAGAGGUAUUUUUGGGGGGGAUGUGGGAUGUGGAGGUUAUCCAUUUAAAAAAAAAAAAAAAAAAAAAAAAAGUAUGCAAACGCUAAAGUAAGCGUAUGAGGUUUUUUUUCUCUUCGGCGAUUCCUUCCGCUGACUUCAAUUAAGCGCUUAACAGAUUUAAAGAAAAAAAAAAACAGAGAGAGCACUUUAGUCGAAUCUGAUGAAGCAAAGAUGCCCGAGAUUUCUCCUCAUUUGGGGGCAUCGAGACAGGCGGGAGAGGAGAAGGUAUGAGACGUGUGUGGAAUCAUCCCGCUCUGUGAUCCUGCAGUUUUUAUUUCCGCUGACAUUGGGUGGAGGGGGAAAAAAAAAAAAACUCAGGCAGGCCCACUGUGGUGGAGGUUUUGGCAUUGAUUGGCAAUUCCUCAUCCUCUUGCGCCACGCCAGUUUACUCCCACCAACCUUCCUCCACCCUCGUACAUGCUUGGCAUCACAUAAUCAGCCCGUCUCUCCAGUGUCUGUCUGGGAGCCAGGGGCUGAAUGAUGGCUUUGCUGAAAGAGGAAGAGGCUUUCUCUGCCUUUUUCACAGUAAAAUUGCCAUCAAUUAACAGAUUUAAAAGGGUCCUUUUUGGCACUGUUACUGAACUGACAAUAGAUUCAAGACAAUGAUCUUCCCCUGCUUUCAAAGAUGGUUUUCUGUUUUGUUUUUCUCUCUGUAAUGAGACUUUUCCACAGGUAAAAAUGUCCAUCACUCAUUUGUAUUUAACACAUACAUGGACUCAUUAUCAACUUCUUUUUUUCUUUAUCCAUGUCAAACAAGUAUUGCAAUCUUCUAAAUGUUGUGGUUCUUUGCGUUUAUCCAUUUCAAAUAUGUUAGUUUCAUCUGCCAAAUGGUAACAAUAAUUUAUCUUAAGAUGAAGGCGUUUACUGUGUUGAAUCCUUUUUUUUACGCUUUGAAAGUAAAAUAGUAGUUCAAAAAUUGUUUGUGGGUUUUCAAGCGAUAUUUGAUGAUUUAAAAAAAAUAAUUUUGUAUUUUUGUUACCAUGGGAAAAUGAGAAUUAAAUGUGACUCCACGACCA